AUGCGUUACCUUGCUCUCCCUUUCGUCGUGGUCAUGCUCACGUCGCCCAUUGCGGCAUUCGACAUUUGCAAAGCCCUCCACUGCUACGAGGAACCCGAGCCCCCAGCGGUCUGGGUGACUCUGAAAGCCGUUGAUCUUAAGGACCGGAACUACCAGCCCACAAUCCGCGUCGAUCUCACCGAAUCCGAUCAAAUCUGCGAUCCUUCCAAGGUUGAGGUCUUUAUGCAGUCUCUUGCCAUCGACAAGGACGGCCGCGGAGAAGGUUCCAUCAUGCUCGACCCAGAAACGUGGGCCAAAUCUUCGUGGGAGUUCUCUUGCUCAACACCCAAGGACUCUUCCAAGGAGCACAAGCUUAGCUUCACCAUUCAUGCCAUCAACGGCGAGGAGAUUGAGAAGAUGACAUUCGUGACGCGGUUCCGACAGAUGUGGCCCAUCAUCUUUACCAGCGUGGAAAGUGAUUCAAUGGCAGAGACACCAGAGUUCUCGCGAGGUACACUGUACUAUGUGCCUGAGGGAGGCUACCGAUUUGAGGAUUAUGAGGAGCUGUAA